GUCACCUUUACACUGACGCGCUGAGCGGCAGCAAGAAUACCGGGAGCACUGGGAUUUUACCAAUUAAAAAACAACGCUUGAAGGAAAGAUUUUGACGAAGACUCGUUGGGAAGGUUUUGGCACUGCCUCCUCCCCGCUGUCCAUCUCUGCCAGGUGUCUUUGUCGCUGAGGGGGAAAUGGCUUUCCGUUCAGAGGAGGAUUUAUGCUGCCCUGCCUGUCAUGACAUUUUUAAAGAUCCCGUCCUCCUCUUGUGUAGCCACAGCUUCUGUAAAGCCUGUCUGCAGAGCUGGUGGAAAGAGAAGCAAAUCAAAGAGUGCCUGGUGUGUCGGACAGUGUGCGAGUGGAGCGAUCCACCUUGUAACCGGGCACUGAAGAACCUCUGUGAGGGAUUUUUGCAGAGUCAGACAGCUUCGUCGGGGUCUGACGGUCUCUGCAGUCUGCACUCUGAAAAGCUCAAACUCUUCUGUCUGGACCACGAGCAGCCCGCGUGCAUCAUCUGUCGGGAUGCAAAAAUCCACGCCGACCAUCAGUUCAGACCCAUCGAUGAAGUUGCACAGGAACACAGAGAGGAGCUUCACACGCUCCUGAACCCUCUGCAGCACAAGCUGAAGCUUUUUAAUGAAGUUAAAGUGAACUUACAUCAAACAGCGGAGCACAUUAAAGCGCAGGCUCUGCAGAUAGAAAGGAGGCUUAAGGAGCAGUUUAAGAAGCUUCACCAGUUCCUAGAGGAGGAAGAGGAGGAACGGAUGUUAGCUCUGCGGGAGGAAGAGGCGCAGAAGAGCCAAGUGAUGAAGGAGAAGAUGGAGGCUCUGUGUAGGGAGAUGGCGAAUCUUUCAGACACAGUCAGAGCCACAGAGGAGCACCUCAGAGCUGGAGAUCCGUCCUUCCUGAGGACCUACAAGGCUGUGGUGGAAAGAGUCCAGCAGCACCCCCAGCUGGAUGAUCCACAGCUGGGCUCAGGAGCAUUGAUAGAUGUGGCCAAACACCUGGGCAACCUGACCUUCAACAUCUGGAAUAAGAUGACAGACAUGGUCUCCUACAGUCCUGUGAUUCUGGAUCCAAAUUCAGCCAAUCCAGAGCUCAUUCUGUCUGAAGAUCUGACCGGCGUGAGGCACGGGAAGAGAAGGCUCCUUCCAGAAAACCCGGAGAGGUUUGAAUUCUGGGAUUCUGUCCUGGGCUCUGAGGGCUUUAACUCGGGAACUCACAGCUGGGACGUGGAGGUGGGAGACAACAAGGACUGGGAGGUUGGGGUGAUAGCAGAGUCCAUGUGCAGGAGAGAGUUUGUGGGCUCCACAGUGUGGAGCGUUGAAUGCAGCCACGCCGGAUACAGAGCGUACUCCCCAACCAACAAAUACAUCGCUCUCUCCAUCACAGAGAAGGUCAAGAAGGUCAGAGUUCAUCUGGACUGGGACGAAGGGAAGCUGUCUUUUUUGGAGCCUGAUACAAACACACACAUUCACACUUUCACACACAUGUUCACUGAAAAACUGUGCCCCUAUCUUUGCACCAGGAACCCACAGCUUCUGAAAAUAGUGCCUGUAAAAGUGUGUGUGAGAAUGCUGAGAGAUCAGGAGGAGUGA